UUUCCACGCCAUAUUUGUUAGCCGGCUAGCGCUCGCUCCAGAGGCGUCGGACGGGAUCUCGGCACAAUCCGAAAUCAUCGGUGCUUUCAUGAGGAGUAUCGACUCCACAACUACAUCAUUCGGUGAAUACACGCGUCUGUGUUUCCUUAGUCCAUGUUUUGGCCUGAAGGUCAGCGCAGAUUUUGAAUAAAAGCGAAGCGACUGAGUCGUGUUCCCUUGAGAUCAGAGCAGGACCGUGACUAGCAGGGGCUCUCGCUGUUCGAGCGGAUUAUUUCUUUGACCAAACACAAUCUUUCGAUAAAAUGGCCUGUGGAGCCACUCUUAAAAGGACUAUGGAUUUCGAUCCUCUGAUGAACCCGGCGUCUCCGAAGAGGAGGAGAUGCGCGCCCAUGUCCCCGUCCAGCUCCAGCGCGUCCCCGCAGAAGUACCUGCGCAUGGAGCCGUCGCCCUUCGGCAGAGUAUCUUCAGCCCUCACCACAGAGCAAAUCCUGAGCAACAUCAAGCAGGAGUACAAGCGCAUGCAGAAGAGGAGACAUCUGGAGAGCAGCUUCCAGCAGAGCGACUCCGGCUGUGGCCUCGACUCUCAGCCGCACGCCUCCAUCAGCAGCAGCACAGCCGCACUGCCAGGCGUCUCCUCUGGAUCGGCGUCCCCCUCCAGACGGGAGCAGCCGUUGUUCACGCUGAAGCAGGUGGGAAUGAUCUGUGAGCGUCUGCUGAAGGAGCGCGAGGAGAAGGUCCGGGAAGAGUACGACGAGAUCCUGACAACCAAACUUGCAGAACAGUACGAUGCUUUCGUGAAGUUCACCCAUGACCAGCUGAUGAGGCGGUUUGGAGAGCAGCCUGCCAGCUAUGUGUCCUGAGUGGCCGUGCUGUCGGGCGUCCUCGUGUCCUGUGGUUGGUGCCGUGUCCAGUGGAUCUCUGCCUGUGUGAGCUCCUGACACUCAGACCGGCUCCGGCUGGAUCUCCAGCAGUGCCAAUCGCAUCUUUUCCCCCGCUGGGCACAGAGUAUGUGUCAGGCUUCUGUCAGUGCGUAACCACUCUCUCUCUCUGCAGCAGCUGAGUGCUUCCUGCCGUCGUCAACGCCCAUAUAUGGACCUUUGCAACUAUUAUUCAAAUCAGUGGCUCUUGUGUCUCUCUUACUGAACCCUGGAUAUUUAUUAGGCUUUGACGAUGCCUUUUAUACAGUCACCUGUCAUUUCAUCCUCAUUUUUUUUGUUUGAUUUUGUAAAAUGCCUUUUUAUUCAUUGCAAAUGAUGAUAAAUGUGAGACUGUGUGAAAUAAACUUUGGGAGGGUGUAUCUCGGAGACUGCUGUUCAUAGCUUUGUGUAAAUACAUCCUGGCUUUCAUCUGGAGUUUUCCUGUACAAAUCGAAUACAGCAUUUAUUUUGAUUAGUCUGUUUUCAUGCUUUGUAUUUAUUUUAAUUUUUUAUUUCUUUCUGUUUUUUUUUUUUUUUUGCCCCUUUCCUCUGCAUUAUGGUUUUACUGCUCCUGUAGUUCAAAUGACUUUAUGUUGGGAAAAGUAUACACAAAUAAAAAUGUUUACAUAA